AAUAAAUUUAUUUGCUGCUUUAUUUUCCUAUUUACUUGUAAUUUAGCAAUAAUUUUUUACAGCAAUAUUUUGCUGGGUACAACUAGCUAAUCAAAAUUGUAAAAAAUGCAAAAAUUUGACAAUUUGACAUUGUCAAUAAUCCAGCAUCAUUCUGGUCCAUUAGUGCCAGAUUAACACUUUGAUUGCAGUUUAUCAUGUUUUCUUUAUUUACAGAAUGUUUUUACAAUGUAUAUAAUAUAUGUAUAUAACAUCUGAGAUUUCAUUAAUGUUUUAUAAUUUAUUUUAUUCUUCCUUUAGAGAAAGUAAAAAUCAGUCUAUUAUUGUGAGUGGUGAAUCAGGAGCAGGAAAAACAGUUUCUGCAAAAUACGCAAUGAGGUACUUUGCUACUGUUGGGGGUUCUUCAACAGAAACCUGUAUUGAGAAAAAAGUAUUGGCUUCUAAUCCUAUUAUGGAAUCAAUUGGAAAUGCCAAGACCACAAGAAAUGAUAAUAGCUCAAGAUUUGGGAAGUACAUAGAAAUCGAUUUCAAUACUAAAUACAAUAUUGUUGGAGCAAAUAUGAGAACAUAUCUACUGGAGAAAUCUCGUGUUGUUUUUCAAGCUGCAGAUGAAAGAAAUUAUCAUAUAUUUUAUCAGCUUUGUGCUGCAUCAGAUUUAGAGGAACUUCGCAUUCUGAAAUUAG